AUGGUGCAGUACGAUGAUUUAUUGAGGGAUUUCGUUGGAGAAUUUGGUACUUUUCAGAAAAUAUGUUUUGUUCUUCUGGGUAUAGCGUCUAUUCCAUGGGGCUGUCUGCAGAUGUCACCGGUCUUCAUGCUUGCAACGACUGACACGUGGUGCAAGAUUCCGUAUGAUAACGAGAUUGCUAGUCAGUUCUGUGUGGUCAAUUAUACCAGUAACUGCGAGGAGUUGAUAAAGAAUCUGACCAUACCCAGAGAAAAGAUAGACAUCGGCUGCGGCGCAACCUGGAGGUUUGAACAGUGUCAUCGCUAUGAUAUUGGUAACGUAUCCGUUGUAUCAUAUGCUAAUGAACCAAACAUUCCUACGUCAUUGAACAAUACAGCAAAAAUAACAUGUGAUCAUGGAUGGGAGUAUGACAGAUCACAAUACAAGUCAACAGUGUCUCAGGAGUUUAAUCUAGUUUGUGAUAAAUUUUACCUGAACGCCAUGGUUUCCACAAUCUUUAUGUUCGGACUGUUUGUUGGUUCAUUUGUUGUAGGAAAUAUAUUUGAUAGACUUGGCCGUAGAAAAGGUUUUAUUGUGACACUGAUAGUUACAAUAAUUCUUGGUACCAUUGAAGCAUUUGCACCGAACUAUAUCGUCUUUGUCGUUGUACGCUUCUUCAUGGCCGCUAGUGGAUAUGGAUUAUACCUAGCCGGGUUUAUCCUAGCAUGUGAAUAUGUUGGCCCCUCUAAACGUACACUGACAGGAAUGGUAUAUCCUAUAUUUUUUGCCGUGGGUUUUAUGCAGCUUUCACUACAUGCGUAUUUCAUUCGUCAUUGGUGGAUUCUACAGUUAUCAAUUAUGGCUCCAUGUAUAUUGUUUCUCAGUUACUGGUGGAUCAUACCGGAAUCACCAAGAUGGCUGAUAUCAAAAGGUAGAACCGACGAAGCGGAAGCCAUCAUAAGAAAAUGCUGCAGAAUAAAUAAAGUGGAGUUACCUGAAGAAGAAUUCCGUGAAGCUUUGAAAAACAUUGAAAAGUCGAUGAAGGUUGGCAGUUAUUAA